AUUUCCAUCUCAUAUCUCAUCAUACACAUUCCAACUCUCUCUUUCUCUCUCUCUUCUCCCCUCGACGAGUCCGCGAACGAGACUCGGGUUCGGAUCUCUGAUCGCUGCUUCCUGGCGGUUCCCAAAUCUCAGAAUCCAGAUCCUUCUCUCGCCGCCGGCGCUUCCGAAUCCCCAUUCCACCACUGAAACCUACCGGAACAACACAAGAUGAUAGCUAUUCCAUAUUUGACUGCAUUAACCACCUACUUCAGCUACGGUUUGCUCUUCGCCUUCGGUCAAUUCAGGGAUUUCUUCCGCAAAAUCUUCGACUGGUGCAGCUCCAACAAUCUUCAGGGUUACGCUCCGAUCUGCUUAGGUCUCGAAGAUUUUUACAUUCGCCGAUUGUACCUUCGGAUUCAGGACUGUUUUGGAAGACCGAUAGCUAGUGCUCCUGAUGCUUGGUUUGAUGUAGUUGAACGCUACUCCAAUGAUAAUAACAAGACACUAAAACGAACUGAUAAAUUAAGUAGAUGCCUUAACUUGGGAUCAUACAACUAUCUUGGUUUUGCUGCGUCUGAUGAAUAUUGCACGCCUCGAGUAAUUGAUUCGUUGAAGAAGUAUUCUCCAAGCACUUGCAGUGCCCGGGUGGAUGGGGGCACAACUGAUCUUCACAAUGAAUUGGAGGAGUGCGUUGCUAGUUUUGUUAGAAAGCCAGCUGCGUUGGUUUUUGGAAUGGGCUAUGUGACAAAUUCUGCAAUUCUUCCUGUCCUGAUGGGGAAGGGAAGUUUGAUUAUUAGUGAUUCAUUGAACCACAACUCAAUUGUUAACGGCGCACGAGGAUCUGGAGCAACUAUUCGUGUUUUCCAACACAAUAUGCCAUCACAUCUAGAAGAAGUAUUACGAGAACAAAUUGCUGAGGGACAGCCAAGGACGCAUAGGCCAUGGAAGAAGAUAAUGGUUAUUGUGGAGGGGAUAUAUAGCAUGGAAGGAGAGCUUUGUAAACUUCCAGAGAUCAUAGCUAUAUGCAAAAAAUACAAGGCCUAUACAUAUUUGGACGAAGCACACAGCAUUGGAGCCGUGGGCAAGACAGGAAGAGGUGUUUGUGAGCUCUUGGGUGUUGAUACUGCUGAUAUUGACAUUAUGAUGGGAACAUUCACGAAAUCAUUUGGAUCAUGUGGAGGUUAUAUUGCAGGAUCUCAGGAGCUUAUCCAAUACUUGAAGUACACUUGCCCUGCUCAUCUUUAUGCAACUUCUGUUUCACCCCCUGCUGCACAACAGAUAAUAUCAUCCAUAAAAGUAAUCCUUGGAGAGGAUGGUUCCAAUAGAGGUGCCCAGAAACUCGCAAAAAUUCGAGAAAAUAGCAAUUUUUUCAGGUCAGAACUGCAGAAGAUGGGAUUUGAGGUUCUUGGAGAUAACGAUUCUCCUGUAAUGCCAAUCAUGCUUUACAACCCAGCUAAAAUUCCUGCCUUCUCAAGGGAGUGCCUCAGGCAGAAUGUUGCUGUUGUAACAGUGGCAUUUCCUGCAACUCCAUUGCUACUGGCUAGGGCACGCAUAUGUAUAUCAGCUUCUCAUUCAAGGGAAGACCUUGUGACUGCGUUGCAGGUUAUUAGCAGGGUGGGUGAUCUAGUUGGGAUAAAAUACUUUCCUGCUGAACCAUCGAAGCAGCAACAAGAGGGUAAAACAGUGAAGUAUGAUUGAGAGAGAGACUUGUCUAUAAGAAGAAAGAGGAUCAAAGAGUAAUGAAGACAAGGCUAUAGUAGUAAUAAGGCAUUUUGUUUCCAUGAUGGAUUGGUUUCGGACGAACUGGCAUGUAUAAAUUUGUUGCCGUCUUCAUAAGUCAGGACUUCGCUUGGAGCAACAACUGCAUAUAAUCUUUGUUUUGAGAUACAGAUACUGUCUCAAGGAGGGAAGUCUAUUACUUAUUUCGCGCAGUCAUUAGAUAAUGUGUAUAGUUGCAGGUUGGUUUAUCCAUUUGAAAUUGAGCAUUGCUUGAAAUUUUAAUCAAAUUGUAAAACUGAGGUUGAGUAUUUUCUGUUGGGUUUUACUCUUUAAAUUUACCAGGUCCCUUAGGGAGGUGUAUUGGUGGAAUAGCUACCCUGUACUACAAGAUACUGUCUUCUUUAAGCUCAGGACAUGGUAGGUUUGAGGAAAAAUGAGUCUAAAACCAAUUAAGGAACUUUGAUUUGGAUUGAUUCAGAUGUAGUAAAUUAUUUUGGUAAUUGAUCACUAAUUAAGUAAUUAUAGUUGAUUUGGAUUUGAGCAGAA